GCGGGAGUGACAGAUGUGUGGACUUUCCGCUCAUUCAUAGAAAAAGGAAAGAGAACUACCACAAAAGAGUGAAGGCCAGGUUUGCGGUGGGGGAGGGACGAGCACUAAGGGCGUUACUUCGUACCAAGCAGCAUAUAAUAAGCCUCGAGUCCUUCGUGAAUUUCAGUAGACUCUUACCUCCCAACCGAGGAUCAUCUCGUCCGUGUUCCAGUUUCGGAUAAUACAACAAUUUGUAACGUUGUUCAAAUUUAACAAAAAGUUAACUGGAAAUGUACACGCCAAUGUUUCAAAUUCACACCUCUGUUUGGCCCAGCGAAGUGAAAUCAAAUCAGGAGUACCUCAGCAAAGAUUCUUCUCAUCAGUUUUACGCAUUACCUGAAGAUCCACGAUCGUGGUCACGAGAAGAAGUGUUCGUGUGGCUAUUAAGCAUGCAAAACCAACAUAGUCUUCCCCCCAUAAGCAGUGAUCGCUUCCACAUGAAUGGCAAAGCAUUAUGUUUGAUGAACGUCGAAAUGUUCGUGCAGCGCGUUCCGCUCGGUGGCAAGCUGUUGUACAAGGAUUUUCAAAUGCGACUUUCAUCCGCUCUAUACUCUUCGAAAAAUCUACUACCCCACCACACCCAGUAAAAAUGUUGUCAAUUUGAGAAUUCUUGUGUUGUUGGGAAAAAAAAAUGUGUCUGGAUUCAUUCACGCUACAUGGCUGCUAACUAGUCGAUACCAAAAUUGCUCCAAUAAUUGCGUACAUAACUGUAUCUAACCAAUUUUGUAAUUUUCUGCCUCCUCUUUCAAUGCUCUUUUUCGGAUUUUUCCCAAACAUUUUCUUACUUAUUUAAAGUGUAUCAAAUGCGUCAAUGUUUCAUUUCAGAAUAAUGGGCUCAGGUAUCAAUUCAAAUGUGCACUGCAUUUGCAUACGAGUGACUAACUAAUAUCAGAUCGUCAAGUGGGUUGGCUAGUCACCGUACAGUUAAACAUUUUACAUAACUGCUUAUCACACUAUUAGGAAAACUGCGAAAAUACAUGUAUUUAACCAUCCAA